GUUGCUGUGUGGGGGGUUGGUUGUGUGUGUUCCUGGUCAUUUUUUUUCACUUCGAAAGUUUCUUGGACGAGUUGAGCAAGAUGGCUGAAGACAGCGGUUACGAAUCAAUACUUUGUGUAAAACCAGAGGUUCAUGUUUACAAAAUUCCACCUCGAGCAACGAAUCGUGGAUACCGUGCGGCGGACUGGAAGCUGGACGAGCCUGCGUGGAGUGGCAGGAUGAAGAUCACAGCGAUGGGCAAGAAAGCCUUCAUCAAGAUGGAGGACAAGAUCUCAGGAGAGCUGUUUGCCCAGGCCCCAGUAGACCAGUACCCAGGCAUCGCUGUGGAGGCCGUCACCGACUCCAGCAGAUACUUUGUCGUCCGGAUAGAGGAUGGAAAUGCAGGGCGCCAUGCGUUUAUAGGUCUGGGGUUCGCUGACCGUGGAGACUCCUUUGACUUCAACGUAGCACUACAGGACCACUUCAAGUGGGUAAAACAGGAGUCAGAGCUCGCCAAGCAAGAGGCCAACCAGAGUACAGUGCCGAAACUAGACCUGGGCUUCAAGGAGGGACAGACCAUCAAAAUCAGCAUCGGGAAUAUAAAGAAGAAGGAUGGAGCUGGGGCUAAGGGGCGCGCCAUGGGGGCCGGGGGGCUACUCCCUCCCCCGCCGGGAGUCAAAGCUGGAGGCCUUGUCCCUCCCCCAGGAGCACCGCAACCUGCAGCCCCAGCACAGCCCAGCGCGGCCACCCUGUUGGACUUUGGUGGAUUUGAUGCCCCUGCGGACCCUGCCCCUGCCCCGGCUGCAGCCCAGCCUGCUCAGGACCUCUGGGGGGACUUCACCGCCGCUGGCUCUGGUGGUGCCUCUCAAUCGUCCACAAAGUCAGGAUGGGUGCAGUUUUAACAGCUGGACUGAAAAAUGUUCUUGUUUUUUGUGUGUUUUUGUCGUUUUCAAAGAGAAUUAGUUUUUAAUUGUUUUUACAUUCCCCAUUAGAGUGGAUUACUGGGGGUUGGAAGGGACAGAGAAAUGGCACACAAUCACACUAAACUCAGAUGAUGAACCGUAGGUGUGUAUGUGCGUGCGUACGUACAGAUGUGUUUUUCACAUGAUACAAACUGCAACAGUAGGCCUUUUGUACGAGACGUCCUAUUUUUGUACUGACGUUUUCCUAUGCAACCAAUCAGUAGGCAAAAAUCUACUUGACACUUUUCGUAGCAUGAUUCAGCAUCCAGUGCUGCAUUCUUCUUUUUUUUAUUGUUAGUAUCGCAUUUUCAUAAUGUGCACAGCUGGAAUUGCUGUAACAUUUCUUCGACCAGUUCCUCUAUUUUUCUUUUCUUUUUUUUCUCUCUCCUUUUUUUCAAUUUCCAUAGUUCAUUCUUGCCGUCCAAUCAGGUUAAACAUUUGAUGCAUUCCAUGUGAUGGUAGUGCCUUUCCCCCCCCAAGACCCUUUCUUUGCUCUUAAAUCUUUCUUUUUUGUUCUCACUUUUUUUGGUCAGUUUUUAUUGCGCUUAUGUUUCAAUCCCUUCUCUAUUACCAUGGCUGAGGUUGAAUGCCAACAUACAAAUCUAAGAGAAUUUGAGACCAUUUCAAAAUGCUGAGUGGUCUUAUCAAUUUCGUCCAGAAUUACAAGUAUGUUUGAGGCAUCGACUGUAGUAUCUUGGCAUGUUUUUUUAUUUUUAUUCUUGAACCUCGCAGGUGAAACUGUGUAGGGAUGGGUAAUGGGUACAAGUGAAGGACUGGUGGUGUGUGUUUGGGCGGGUAUGGGUAAGUGUGUGGGGGUAUGGGUAAGUUUGAAGGAUUGUGUGUGUAUGUGUGUUUGUGUGUGUGUGGGCCAGCAGUGUCCAUUGAGCAGAUGGUAGUUUUAAUAAGAUUAUAGACUCCCUCUGAACUGGACAAGGCAGCCUCCGCCCUUGCACCCACUGAGCCAUCGGCUACAAUUUUGUGUGUGUGUGUGUGGUUGUGUGUGAGUUAACUAGGCACUGGUUGCAAAGUGCCAUUGAUUUGUGUAGAAAACACAAUAAUGUGUGUGUGUGUGUGUGUGUGUGUGUGUGUGUGUGUGUGUGUGUGUGUGUGUGUGUGUGUGUGUGUGUGUGUGUGUGUGUGUGUGUGUGUGUGUUUGUGUGAUGUACUUGUUUGGGUGAUUUUUCUUCUCUUCCUUUCUCUGCGUAAUCUCUGUUAUUCCCUGUUCUGCUUGCCUAAUUAUGUGCCUUCAAUCCUGAAGAGAGGGUGUGCUCAAUAAGCCGAAAGCUUUACAUGUAUUUUAAACACUUGUUGGAAGUGCCUUCGAAAAAAAAUAAGUCCUGUACAAAUGUAAAGUUACAGUAUAUUGUAAAUAAAUAAAACAUUUCCCUCUUGCCCCUCA